GGAGAUGUGACAUACGAGGAAAAAAAAUAAUGAAAAACGUUAGCGAUGUGGAAACCCCGUUGCUCACGCCGGCUCUGUUUGUCUUCUUCCUCUCUCUCUCCCUCCUUUAUCUCUCCGGCCCUCUCACUUUUUAAUCUUUGUCUUGUUUUAAUCCUCUUGUUUUAAAUUAAGUGUUUUGUUUAUCUUUCUUUCUGACUUUGAAACAAAUAUAGAAAGGAGAGGAAAGGAAAUGGUUUUCAAAGAUGAAUAGAAGAACAAAAUGUUUUCCACUUUGGCUCUAAUGAAGCCUUAAACAUUUCACUUUCACUCUCUGCCUCUGCUUGUCCCUGCCUGACAUUACCCAUUUUUACAAUUUACCCCCCACCAGUUUUCCGUCGAGUUCUCGCCGGAAACCACUUUCUUUCCUUUCUUUUGUUCUAAGCAGAAAGAACCCAACACACACAAAAAAUGGCAUUUCUCUGGUUUUUGCUCUUUUCUUUCAGCUUCACACUCUCAAAGUCUGCCCCUGACUCUGACUCUGCUGUUCUUCUCAGCUUGAAGAAGUCUAUCUUUCAUGACCCUUCAAACCUUCUAUCCAGCUGGAACCCAUCUAUAACCCACUGUUCAUGGUUCGGUGUCAGGUGCGCUAACUUCUCUGAUAAAGUAACAGCUUUGUCGCUGGCUCAAAAUGGAUUUUCCGGAGAGAUCCCCGCGGAUAUUGGAGACCUCAAGUUCUUGGAGGUUCUCGAACUCCAAGGUAACAACUUUUCCGGCCAGAUUCCUUCCGAGAUAAGCUAUCUUCCUUCUCUUAGUUUGCUCAACUUGUCUUUCAACUCAUUUUCCGGUAAUAUACCAGAUAGACUCAUUGGUAACGGUAACUUGAAAGUUAUCGAUUUGUCGAAUAAUAAGUUCUCUGGUAGGAUUAGUCUUGAUAACUCGAGCAGAUGUGAGUUUUUGACUCACUUGAAGCUGUCUAAUAAUUAUCUAGUUGAGAAUAUUCCCCCUGAGCUUAGAAAUUGCAAGAAUUUGAGGACUUUGUUGGUUGAUGGCAACAUCUUAGAAGGCAAGCUUCCGGCUGAAAUAGGCCAAAUUACAGAGCUUCGGGUUUUAGAUGUUUCCAGGAACAGUCUCACGGAUGUAAUUCCUAAGGAGAUAGCAAGUUGUAAAAAACUCUCAGCUGUUGUGUUAACCAAUUUGGAAAAUUUUGGUUCUGAUGAGAAAACCAGCUCCAUGGAUAGUUUUCGAGGAGAAUUCAAUGCAUUUGACGGGGGUGUUCCUUCGGAACUACUUUUCCUCUCCAGUUUGCAGGUUUUGUGGGCUCCAAGAGCGAAUCUUGGUGGGCGGUUGCCUGCUAAAUGGAGUGGGUUUUGCUCGCUUAGAGUGCUUAAUCUGGGGCAGAAUUAUUUUGGUGGUGUGGUACCUGAAAAUAUUGGGAUGUGUAAGAAUCUUACUUUCUUGGAUUUGAGUUCCAAUAACUUGUUGGGAUACCUCCCCUGGCACCUACAUGUUCCUUGUAUGACGUACUUCAACGUUAGUAGAAACAAUAUUUCAGGGAAUAUUCCAGAAUACAGGAAGGGCAGCUGUGCUGGGAGCAGGAUCUCUUAUGGACUAGAUUCUAGUUUGAUUGAAUUGGAAGAUACACGGGUUGCAUAUGCUAAUCUUCCUUUUUGGGGUUCUAACAUGUGGUUGAUGAUGGAUGAGGAUUUUUCAAUCGUCCAUGAUCUAAGCUGGAAUAGGUUCACUGGUCUAGUACCUAUGUUCUCCAUUGGAGAUCAAUUAUUGGCAAGGAACAGUAAAUUUUCAUACAGGUUGUCACUGAAUAAUAACAUGCUUAAUGGAUCUUCUCGUAGAGAGCUAAUUCCUGAUUGCUGGAAGCUGAAGAGUGUCUCGGUUAACUUGAGUGCAAACCAGAUAGGAGGUAUGAUGCAGGAGUCAUUUUUUCUUGAUUGUCUGCAACUAACAGAGUUUGAAGCAGCAUAUAAUCAGAUUGAGGGAUCAAUAGAUUCUCGUAUUGGCAACUUGAUGAUGCUUCAAGUACUUGACUUUAGAGGAAACAGACUCUUUGGAUCUCUGCCAGAUCAACUGGGGAAGUUGAAGAAUCUUAGGUGGAUAUCUCUUGGAGACAACGAUUUAACUGGAGAAAUUCCAUCCGAACUUGGGCAAUUGGCCUCUCUUAAGGUUCUUGAUCUUUCCCACAAUUCUCUUACAGGAUCUAUCCCUGCUAGCCUGACAAAUGCUACAAAUCUUGAAACCCUGUUACUCAACCACAACCAGCUUUCUGGGGAAAUACCCUCUUCUUUCUCCUUGCUUUCUCAUCUGACUGUUCUGGACCUCUCCUUCAAUGACCUUUCUGGCCCAAUACCGAAUUUCCAACAUCAGAAUAAUUGCACUGCCUUUCGAGGCAACAGCCAUUUGCAUCAGUGUUUAUUUGCUGCCACACCACCAGUAAACCCUGGAAGUCCAGGUAAAUUUCAAAAAGGGAGAAAAUUCAAAUCUUUCAUAAUUGCAGCAAUAACUUCUGCUUCUGUUCUGCUUUGUAUGGUCCCAAUGAUCGUAGUUAUCUGUCAAUUUAGAAGGAGAAAGUUUAGAAGACUUGGUCCCUUGAAAGGAAAAGUGGUUGUGACUUUUGCAGCUGCUCCGAAUGAGCUGACUUAUGAUAAUGUAGCUAGAGCUACUGGUAAUUUUAGCAUCCGAAAUCUUAUUGGUACAGGUGGAUUUGGUUCAACUUACAAAGCAGAGUUGGUCCCGGGCUAUCAUGUAGCUGUAAAGAGGCUUUCUAUCGGUCGAUUUCAAGGCGUUCAGCAAUUUGAUGCAGAGAUUCGAACACUGGGAGGAGUUCGACAUAAGAACCUUGUAACUCUUAUAGGGUAUUAUGUUGGGGAAAAUGAGAUGUUUUUAGUUUACAACUAUCUUUCCGGUGGAAACCUUGAGACUUUCAUCCAUGACAAAUCUGGCAAAAAUGUACAGUGGUCUGUGAUCUACAAGAUAACUGUGGACAUAGCUCAGGCUCUUGCUUACCUCCAUUACUCAUGUGUUCCCCGGAUAGUUCAUCGAGACAUCAAGCCCAGCAACAUUCUGCUUGAUGAGAAUCUCAAUGCCUUCCUGUCAGAUUUUGGGCUGGCUAGGCUUUUAGAAGUUUCUGAGACCCAUGCCACAACAGACGUUGCUGGCACAUUUGGUUAUGUAGCACCAGAAUAUGCAACCACAUGCAGGGUCUCUGACAAGGCAGAUGUGUACAGUUUUGGUGUUGUACUGUUAGAAUUGUUGUCAGGGAAGAAGUCCAUUGAUCCAUCAUUUUCUGAGUUUGGGAAUGGAUUCAAUAUUGUUGAAUGGACCAAGUGGCUGAUCAAGGAGGGGCGUCCUUCUGAGCUUUUCUCUGCUGAACUGUGGGAAAAUGGACCUAGGGAGAAUCUCUUGGGAAUGCUAAGACUUGCAGCAGCCUGUACAGCAGAGGCACUUUCCAUUCGGCCAAGAAUGAAGCAAGUUCUUGAGAAACUGAAGCAGUUAAAAUCCUGAAAGAAACAUCUACCACACAAUGCUGACUGAAAACACAAAGCAGCUUAUGUCCAAAGAAUAUUCUCCUUCCAUAUGUUGAAAUGAGGUGACAUUGGAAUGGAACACUAUAGCCACUCUUGCUUGGCAUCAUACUAAGUGAUGAUCCUUUAUCUCGUUGGCUAAGGUUACAUAGCAUAUUGUUGUUCAGAUUGAUUGCACACGAGAAAUAUCAAAUGGACUUUGCAGCUUCAGACUAAUGGCCAGUUGGCUUUUCACUCUUCUGAAAUUGAAGUGAAACGAUAAGUAUAUAAUUCAUAAGCGCUUGAUUUUCAGUAACAGGAAUGUGUGAUUCGCAGUAAUCUUGAGCUGACAAUAAUGCAUAAUUGUCAAACAUAGCAAGGAGUAACGCAUUAUUUGUUUCACUCUAAAAUUCUUUGUAAAUAUGUUCCAUUAGAAUCUGAUAUGAUGGCAUUUCCUACACAAAUGUUACAAGAACAAGAAAUCUUGUAUUCUGAAUUGUGUGAAUUGUUCAAGGAUGAAUUAGGUUUAUAUAUAUAUAUAAAGUUAACUGUCACUCACAGUAUCAUAA